CAUUACGGGCCUAUGCAGUAAAAUUGUCUGAUUUCUAUUUUGUUUCCUCACCACCGAUUACUGAUUCGGUGUCUAAGGAGACCUUCACCACAAAAAUUCUCCCCACUUUGCCCUCUCUCAUUUUCUCACCUGAAACGCUCUCCACUUUCUCCCUCAGUUCCUCCAUAUUCCUCUCUUCCAAUUUUUUUGCCCUCUUUUUUCUGCUUUCUUUUUCUUUCUCUCAAUAGAUUUUGUCUUUUCCUCUCUUUCAUUUCUUUUUCUUGAUCUAUAAAAUUCCAUCGAUUGUUGGAAAGAGCAAGAGGGUUCUUGAGGGGGAAUUGAAAUCUAAAUCGAAAAUCAAAAAUGCUAACGGUAAACCGAGUGAUAAACCGGGCACGAGCUUCGAUUUCAAAUUGUCAAUACCUCCUAAGUCAUGACCCAAAGAUUUCUUCUUCGAUAUUUACAAGCUUGCAAGCAAGGAAAAAAUGGAGAAAGAACGAGCAAGACUGGCAGUGCUGAUGAAUUGAAUAGAGGAUAUUUUGAUGAUAUGUCUGAGCUAAAACAACACGGUGGUAAGAUUGCACGGGAAAAUAAGAUUCUAAUUCUUGGAAUUGCAGCAAGGAAGUUUCCUGCCAUGGAUGUUAUAUAUUCUGAUGGUAGAAAAUCAAAGCUGCCGAUUGUUUUUGAUGCAAGUGGCAUUGAUACUAGCAAGUUGGCUGUCCCUGAAGCAUCUUUAGUCUGUCUAUUUCAGGCUAUGGUCGAUUCUUGAAGCAAGCCUUUUUAUGACGCCCUUUAGUGAGUCCAAGAGCGUGCAACUAUAUGAGGAUCUAUAUUUUUUCUAUUUAACUUUUCAUUCCUUUUUAGCAUGUGUGGUGAAUCAACGAUUCUCAGUUUUCUAUUGCUUGAAAGAACUUAUAGUUACAUGCAUCUGUAGUCAAUAAUAAUAACAAACAAAUAAAACAGCGAACAAGAAUAGAAGAUAACCAUGCUGGUAUGACUUAAGAGUUAUGACCGUCCUAGUUGAGCUUAUAGCUUAUCAGAUCAGCCUAUAAUUAAUAAUGUAGUUCUCCUUGUAUUUACUGUAUUUGAAUGGAAAUUCUUGGCAGCUGAUUUUAUGUUUUAUAUAAGUUAUUUGUUAAAAUAAUCGUGUUUGGAAAUUAUUAUGUAUUGCUAAAUGAUAAUAUAUUUUUUGUUAUCAGGUACCUUUUAUAGACUCUUAGCUCUUAUGCUUGAAUCCCAUUAAAUGACUGCUUCUUCAAUUUAUGAGGAAAUCUAGUGAUGGAGCGAAGGAUGCCCUUCAGAGGCAUAUUGUUUAUUCAUUUGGUGAUCAUUAUUACUUCAGAAAGGAAUUUAAGAUUCUGAACCUUCUAACUGGGUACAUUUUCUUGCUUGACAAAUUUGGUAGAAUAAGAUGGCAGGGCUUUGGUUUGGCAAAGCAAGGAGAGUUGUCAUCGCUUUUUUAUUGCACGAAAGUUAUUCUGGAGGAAAAAUAGGUAGCCUGGCAUUUUUUAGAUUUCUGCAACCAAGCAAAGCCUUAGGUUUUCCAUUUUGGGUGAGCGAGUGGAAAAGUAAAGAAGUAUCCUUAUGCUAGUGUCAGUUUUAUUUCAACUUCACUUUCUUGUAUUCUAGUUUUGUGUCAAACUUAAUUUAUAUGCCUAUCAAUAUCCCAUUGAUAUUCCUUGCGGAUACUUUUGGCUUGCCUGGAGUAGCUUAGUUCUUGUACUAAAAGCUUGUUGGCUCAACAGGAUGAACAAGUUCACAGUUUUGAGAGACCUCAAUUUUGUUGCAGAAAACCUUGGUGUUGAGUUUUUCAAAGGUACUGUUGUGGUAUGAUAAUCUUCCCAUUACUGAUGAUGUGUAGAGUUGAAUGAAUUUUGUAUUAUUUUCUUCAACAAUUGGAAUAAAUUGUAUUUAUCUCUUCGAUAUCGAACCGGUUGGCAAAGUUGUUGAGGGAGUAUUGUUAUGGAACAUUGGGAUUUGGUGGACAAAGUAACUAAGCAGAUAAAUUGGCAAUUCCAGGGAAACUUAAAUUGCCAAAUCUUGAGCCUUUUGGGGUUAUAUCAUUUGGUAUAAUUUGUUUAAUCAUUUUCUUUAAAGCAA